GGUAACACCGCGGAUCUUCCUCCUCCUCCUCCUCCUCCUCCUCCUGCUGCUCCUCGCGGGCGCUUCCGGCGCGGCGGCGGCGGCGAAGCCCCUCGGGAGCAGCGGGGGCUCGUCGGGCCGGGGCAGGACAAUAGAAUUUCCAAGUUCUUCAAGUAUUCUUGCACAACGAGGAAAAAGAAGAGACAUUUCAGUGAAUGAGGAGUUUUUUGCUUCUAUAGUGUUUUCCUUGAGAAGUGGCUCUUUGAAUGAGGAUGACAAUGGAAGAGAUGAAGAAUGAAGCAGAGACCACUUCUAUGGUUUCCAUGCCUCUCUAUGCUGUUAUGUACCCUGUCUUUAAUGAGCUAGAAAGAGUAAAUCUGUCUGCAGCUCAGACACUGAGAGCAGCUUUUAUUAAGGCUGAAAAAGAAAAUCCAGGUCUUACACAGGACAUCAUCAUGAAAAUUCUGGAGAAAAAAAGUGUGGAUGUGAAUUUCACAGAGUCUCUUCUGCGUAUGGCAGCUGAUGAUGUAGAAGAGUAUAUGAUUGAAAGACCUGAACCUGAAUUCCAAGAUCUUAAUGAAAAGGCACGAGCACUUAAACAGAUUCUUAGUAAGAUUCCAGAUGAGAUCAAUGACAGAGUGAGGUUUCUUCAGACAAUCAAGGACAUUGCAAGUGCAAUAAAGGAGCUCCUUGACACAGUAAAUAAUGUCUUCAAGAAAUACCAGUACCAGAACCGGCGGGCACUUGAGCACCAAAAGAAAGAGUUUGUAAAAUAUUCCAAAAGUUUCAGUGAUACUCUGAAAACCUAUUUUAAAGAUGGAAAGGCAAUAAAUGUGUUCAUAAGUGCCAACCGACUAAUUCAUCAAACCAACUUGAUACUCCAGACCUUCAAAACUGUGGCCUGAAAACUGUAUAUGUUGAGAGUUGUACUUUUCAAUGGUGGAUAGGGUACCUUUAUAUGUAAAUUUUAAAGUUUUGACUGUAUAAAUUAUCAGCCCCUCUCGAGGGGCCUAAUGCAGGAUUUUGAAUGGGAUUAUUGCCAUCUUACACCAUAUUUUUGUAAAACAUUGUAGCUUAAUCAUAAUCUCACAAGAAAGAUUUUGCAUCACUUUUUGCUAUUAUCAUUCUUUUCAGAAUUAUAAGCCAAAAGAAUUUACGCCUUAAUGUGUCAUUAUGUAACAUUCCUUACAAGAAUUGUAAAUAUUUGGUGUUCUGUUUCUGACAUUUUAACUUGAAAGCGGAAAACUGCAAGAUUAUGUAUUUAACAAUAUUGGUGGCAAAUAUUCAAUAAAUAGUUUACAUCUGUUA